GGAUAACAAACAACUUAACGCAGUGAAAAUCAUGAAACUAAUUGUUUUAUUAUGUUUUGUUGCGUAUGCGACUGCGGAAAGUAAGCCCUCAUUAGAUCGUAAUAUACAUUUGUUUAAAUAUGAUCCAAGCGACGUAUACACAUUACCUGAAGACAUCGAUGAUGAUAAGCCUGCUGUUGUUUUCCAAGGAAAUGUUAUGCAAGCUAAAGUAGAGAAAUUACAAAACUUUAACGGAAACAAAAAAUUCAAAUUAGAUUUGAAAACACAAAAUGGCAUCCAGGUGACAAGUGUUGGUAAAUUAAAGGAUGACAAGACAUUUGUUGUAAGCGGUUCAUACUCGUUUACCGGAGCAGAUGGUAAACGCUACAAAACCCGUUAUACAGCUGAUGAACUUGGAUAUCAUCCAAUUACAGAAUUAGAUUUAGAUAUUCCAGAGCCUCAACCCGUAGCUGCAUCAUCAAAUAGAUUCGAUAACAAAGAUUUAUUAGCUGGGCUCAAAAAUAGAUUCCAGUUUUUGAAUCAAAAUCUUAAUUCCGAUGCCAGUCCGAGCAGCUUAAGUGGGAGCGCGCAGAGUGGUGAUGACUUCAGUUAUGCGCUAGCAGCCAGUGAUGGCUACAAUUACGAGGCUCCGGUGCAACAAUUUGAAACGGCGCCUUCUAUACCCUCACGCCAAUAUUUACCUGUGAAGUAAUGGCUAGUUAGCGGAAACAAAGCAAACCACAAAUGCAUUACAAAUUGUAGAUUUAUUUCAAAGAUAUAUAAAUUUGUUAUUAAUUAAAUUUUUAAU